GUAGGUUAUGAAUCCAGAAGGUUAAAAGCAGGCUUCAGUUGACAAUUUUGGAUUUCAGAACAAAAUGGAGGUUCAAGAAGAAAAAUGGGACUGGGAAUCAAAGUAUAAAGGAGCUAAGAAAAAAAUUUUAAGAAGCAGUUCUUGGCUAGGAAACACUCCUAUUGAUGGUAGCCACUGUAAACUGGUAGUUGAAAAACUGGAUGGAAUUUGGGACUCAGAAAUUGUUGUUGGUAAAGAGUUUGAGUUCACUAUAGGUUGUGGGGACAGUAGAUUAGAAGGUUUGCUUGAAAGAUGUUUAAUGACUAUGAAUAAAGAGGAAGAAGCUCUUUUAAAACUAGAUGAAGUUAGUUUAGUAGUAACCUUAUUAGAUUUCUCUUCUCCUGAAGAGCCCGUUUAUAAUUAUGAUUUAGAAACUAACAUUAAAAAAUCUAUUGAACAUAAAGAGAAAGGAGUUGAACAUUUUAGAAAUAAUCGAAUAAUUAAAGCUUAUUCGAGGUUUAAAAGAGCUAUUCGUUUGCUAAUAUUUGCUCACAAGACAGAAGAAAAGGUAUUACCUUUAUACAUUAUUGUCUGUAAUAACAUCGCUCUAUGCCAUCUCAAAUUGAAUCGCCCUGAAGAUGGAAUUAUAGUUUCCAGCAAAGUUUUGGAAUAUGAUCCUAGGAAUGUAAAAGCUUUAUUAAGGAGAUCAGCAUGCUACAAUACAGUUCGAGAUUUUGAAAAAGCACAUGCUGAUUUAGUAAAAGUUCUUGAAAUUGAACCUAAUAAUUUUCAAGCUAAAGAAAUGAUGCCUCCUCUCGAAGCAGAUCUUCGUGAUAUGCAUAAAAGAUAUAAAAAUAUGGUCAUGAAGAUGUUCAAUACGAGUUAAGUUGUGAAAAUUAUUUUUAUUUCGUAUUAUAUUUAAGUACAUUACAUUAAAUGUUAAUAAUUUUCUAAUAAAAAUAUCAAAAUUAGGCAUA